AUGUCAACAUGGAGUGGCCAACCCAAGGUCAAGGGGAGCACUGAGACGGUGCGCAUGAUCCUCUUGACAUGCGUAUGUAUCGGCAUCACCUUCACCUGGGGCGUAGAGAUGACCUAUUGCACGCCGUACCUGCUGUCGCUAGGGCUUAGCAAGGGUCAAACCUCCAUGGUCUGGGUCGCAGGCCCCAUAUCCGGCCUGAUUGUCCAGCCGAUAAUAGGCGUCAUAGCCGACGAGUCGACAUCCAAGUGGGGGAGGCGAAGGCCCAUCAUUGCCAUCGGGUCUGUCAUUGUUGCAGCCAGCCUUGUGACGUUGGGCUUCACUAAGGAGAUUGUCGCUUCCUUUAUCUCGGAUCCUCACACCGUCAGGGCGUUGACCAUCAUGCUCGCUGUCCUGUCGCUGUAUACCGUCGAUUUCUCCAUCAAUGCAGUCAUGUCCUGUUCAAGGAGCCUGGUUGUAGAUACCCUGCCGUUGCAAAAACAGCAAACCGGCGCUGCGUGGCUAAGCCGCAUGAACUCGCUCGGGCAUAUCAUCGGGUACGUCAUGGGAGCCGUUGAUCUGGUCCAGCUCUUUGGGCCUAGACUUGGAGAUAGCCAGUUCAAGCAGCUUACCAUCAUCGCCGCCCUGGGAAUGCUACUCACCUCGGCCAUCACCUGCUGGGCCGUCUCAGAGCGCAUCCUUGUCUCGGUGCGCCACGACCCACGCCGGACCCAGGGCCGCUUCAAGGUAGUUCGCCAGAUCUGGUCAACCCUCUUGACUCUCCCUCCCCGUGUGCGCGGCAUUUGUAACGCGGUCUUUUGGGCCUGGAUCGGCUGGUUUCCAUUCAUCAUCUACAGCAGCACAUGGGUAGGGGAAACGUACUUUCGUUACGAUGUCUCUGCAGACGCCAGGCAGUCUCAGGACGCUCUCGGCGACAUGGGCCGCAUCGGAAGCAUGGCAUUGACCGUCUACUCCACCGUCGGUUUCCUCAGCGCCUGGAUCCUCCCACCUCUGAUCCGCUCCCCGGAGGACGAAAGCUACACGCACCGGCCUCCCGCCAGCCUCGCCCCGUUCAUCGAGGCCUUCAACAAAGUCAAGCCCGACCUCCUCUCUGCAUGGGUCUUCAGCAAUCUCCUGUUCGCAUGCGCCAUGUUUCUCACCCCUUUCGCUACGUCCUUUCGCUUCGCCACCGCCAUCGUCGCCAUGUGCGGUAUCCCAUGGAGCGUUGCCUCGUGGGCCCCCGUCACCUUUCUCGGUAUCGAGGUUAACAAGAUGAGCGGCGGCUCCUCCGAGCCCGGCCUCCCUGGCGGCGGUGGCGCGAGCACCGUACCUUACCGCCGUCUGUCGACUGGCUCAAACAUUGAGAUGCGCGACGUCCUGAGGCUUGAUCACGGCAACUUGGAGGCUGGGGCCGCCGCUGCCCCCACCAGCAGCUCCACCGGCGAGCUGAGCGGCAUCUACUUUGGCAUUCUCAAUAUCUACAUCACGAUUCCCCAGUUUCUCAGCACCCUGAUGAGCGGUGUCGUGUUUGCCGUGCUGGAACCAGGCAAGAGUCCCGAGCUGGCCACCGAGGCCCACCCAAGCGAACACGCCGACCCCGACGGGCCCAAUGCCAUCGCCGUGUCCAUGUUUCUUGGGGCGCUGUGCUCGCUGCUGGCGGCUUGGUACACCAGGAAGCUGAGAUUUAUAUGA